AUGUCUGUCUUGCCAAAACGUUUAAAGAUUCAGGAAUACUAUUACAGGCCUGGUGAUCUCAUUAUUGGUGGGAAUUUUCCCCUUGGCGUUUAUAGUAACAGUGUCUACCUAGACUUUACAAUGGACCCAUUAUGGUAUUCUGUUACCUUUGUAGCCAUUCCCAACAACUACCACCAGUUCCUGGCCUUGGUGUUUGCAGUCACAGAGAUCAACAAGGAUCUCUUUCUCCUCCCCAACAUCACCCUUGGUUUCCACAUGUAUGACAAUGUCCAGUGGGAAAGGAGGAUUUCUUUAAUCAGCCUUUUUCUGCUCUCCACACGUGACCAAAUGGUUCCAGGUUAUAAAUGUGACCAGCAGGACCCUCUGAUUUCUGUCAUUGGAGGUGACAACGCCAAAUCCUCAAUAGUGAUGGCUUCCAUCUUCAGCAUCUUCAAGGUCCCACAGCUCAGUGUUGGCUUUGGAUCCACUGGAGGAGACAGAAGAGUUUAUCCUUCCUUCUUCCAGAUUAAUCCCAAGGAAUUUUCUCAGUAUGUGGGUUUAGUCCAGUUGCUUUUGUAUUUCCAGUGGAACUGGGUUGGGCUUCUGGCUCCUAAAAAUGACAUUGGAGAACAUUUCAUUUCAACUUUGAUGCCAAUGCUCAAGGAGAAGGAAAUCUGCUUGGCCUUCACUCAAAUGCUGCAAAAUUUUGAAGAUAUGGAGCAGUUUUUUUUAUAUUCCAAAAUUUGGCUCAAAGCUGAUGUUGUUGUUUUCUUUGGAGACUCUGCAACUGUUGAGCUUUUUCAGUGUGGUCUGGAGUUUUAUGUAAUUCAUGAAAGGGAACCACUUCAGAAUGUUUGGAUCCUAACUUCCUCUUGGAAAUUCAGUGUAAUGGGAAAUGUAGAUAUAUGGAAAUAUCUAAAACCCUUGAAUGGAGCUUUGCAUUUUAGGGAUCACACUGGUGACAUCUCAAAAUUCAGCAAUUUCCUCCUGUCUUUAGACCCCUUGAACCCACAAGGGGAUAUGUUUCUCCCGUUAUGGUGGGAAAGGGUCUUUGAAUGCGACUUCCGCAAACCAGGAGAGAGGAGAAGCCUUCCAGAGGGCAAGCAGGUCUGCUGCUACCAAUGUUUACCAUGUCCAGAAGGGACCGUUUCUAAUCAAACAGAUACAGCUCGCUGUGAUCCCUGCCCAGAAGACCAGUAUCCCAACAAGGACAAGGACCACUGCAUUGCCAAGAAGAUCCACUUCCUUGCCUAUCAAGAUACCCUUGGAUACAUUUUAGCCUCUCUCACUCUUUCUCUCUGUAUGAACACAUUGGCAGUUCUGGGAAUUUUCCUUAUGCAUCGUCACACAUCAAUUGUCAAGGCCAACAACCGAGAUCUCACCUACAUCCUCCUGGUCUCCCUCCUGCUCUGCUUUCUCUGCUCCUUCCUCUUCAUUGGUCGACCCAGGAAACUCACCUGUCUCUUCCGACAAACUGCCUUUGCCAUUGUCUUUUCCCUUGCAGUUUCCUCUAUCUUGGCAAAAACUACCAUGGUGGUUCUGGCCUUCAUGGCCACCAAGCCAGGGAACAGGGCAAGGAAAUUCUUAGGGAAAGCACUGACCAACUCCAUUGUUAUCACCUGUCCCCUGAUCCAAACAGUUAUUUGUGCCAUCUGGCUGGUAACCUCUCCCCCAUUUCCUAACAUGGACUUCCACUCCUUGGUUGGAGAGGCCAUCUUGGAAUGUAAUGAAGGCUCAGCUUCAAUGUUUUACACUAUCCUUGCCUACUUGGGUUUUUUGGCCCUCGUCAGUUUCACAAUGGCCUUUCUAGCUAGGAAAUUGCCAGACAGCUUUAAUGAAGCCAAGUUCAUUACUUUUAGCAUGCUGGUCUUUUGCAGUGUUUGGAUCACUUUCCUCCCCACCUACCUGAGCACUAAAGGGAAGUCUAUGGUGACUGUGGAGAUCUUCUCCAUCUUAGUCUCUGGGGCUGGUCUCUUGGCUUGUAUCUUUUCCCCCAAGUGUUAUAUUAUCCUAUUGAGGCCUGAUCUGAAUAAGAGAGAAAAUAUAAUGAGGCGCAAGAAUCUCUGA